UCUCCCCUAGGAGAGAUGGCACCGGCCAGAGCAGGAUUCAGCCCCCUGCUGCUGCUCCUGCUGCUGGGACUGUGGGUAGCCGAGGUCCCCGUCAGUGCCAAGCCCAAGAACAUGACCUCAGCUCAGUGGUUCGAAACUCAGCACGUGCAGCUGAGCCCUCAGCAAUGCAACGCGGCGAUGGCCAACAUCAAUAAGUACACGAAACGCUGCAAGAGUAUCAACACCUUCCUGCAUGAACCCUUCUCCACAGUGGCCGCCACCUGUCAGACCCCCAACAUAGCCUGCAAGAAUGGCCGUGACAACUGUCACCAGAGCCAAGAGCGCAUGUUCUUGACCGAUUGUCAGCUCACCUCGGGGAAGUACCCAGACUGCAAGUACAAAGAGAGACAAAUGGAUGCCUUCUUCAUCAUCGCCUGUGAGCCUCCCCAAGAGAAAGAUGACCAGAGAUACCAGCUGGUUCCCGUGCACCUGGACAAAGUUAUCUAAGAUCAAGUGUUCCCCACUCC